CUUCGCGCGCCACAAGCGCAUGCGUUGUAAGCCCAUGUGGGAAUGGCUGAUCUGGGAUCGGGGGGUUGGGCCGCUGAACACGAGCGGACCGUUAAAGAGUGUUUUUAAUGUCCGCCAUGUUAGCCAUGGCGCACUGAGCCUGGAAUCAGGGACCGGAGCGCUCUGGAAACACACACCGAGAGAGAGCGACCCACACCCGGCCUCGCGCCUCCGCUCGCCCCGCCAGCUCCACCGAGCGACCCGUGCGCUGCUGGACACCGAACCGGCAUCAUCCAUGAGAACUUUAAUCGGACCAGUAGGGAACACUAGGGGAUCGGAUAAAUUUAUGCUGCAUCUCGAAUUAUAAAGAAAAAUGAGUAAACUGUCGUUUCGGGCGCGGGCGCUGGACGCUUCCAAGCCUCUACCCGUCUUCCGCUGCGAGGACCUGCCUGACCUGCACGAAUAUGCGUCUAUUAACCGGGCAGUGCCACAGAUGCCCACGGGGAUGGAGAAAGAGGAGGAAUCGGAACACCAUCUCCAGCGGGCCAUCUCUGCUCAGCAGGUGUACGGGGAGAAGAGGGACAACAUGGUGAUUCCUGUCCCAGAGGCUGAGAGCAACAUUGCCUACUAUGAGUCCCUCUACCCGGGGGACUUCAGGAUGCCCAAACAGCUCAUUCACAUACAGCCAUUCAGUCUGGACACCGAACAGCCGGAUUAUGACCUGGACUCUGAGGAUGAGACAUUUGUAAAUAAACUGAAGAAGAAGAUGGACGUGGGAGCCCUGCAGUUUGAAGAGAUGAUCGACCGGCUGGAGAAAGGCAGCGGACAGCAGAUGCUUUUAUCCAAAGUGACUUGCGUUGCAUUGAAGCCAGUGUCUCUGCAGGAAGCCAAACUCUUGUUAAAGGAGGAUGAUGAGCUGAUAAAGGAGGUGUAUGAGUACUGGAGCAGGAAGAGGAAAGCAUGUCAGAGCGGCUCUCUCAUUCCUGUCGUCAAACAGGAGAAGCGUGAUGGCUCCAGCACCAGUGACCCAUAUGUGGCCUUCAGGCGCAGAACGGAGAAGAUGCAGACACGAAAGAAUCGUAAGAAUGACGAAGCUUCUUACGAGAAGAUGCUGAAGCUGCGUAGGGACCUAAGCCGAGCCGUCACAAUCCUGGAGAUGAUCAAGAGACGAGAGAAGAGCAAACGAGAGUUGCUGCACCUCACACUGGAGAUUGUAGAGAAGAGGAACAGCAUGGCUGAUUUUGGAGGCGAGGUGAUGGCGGAGGUUCUGGCUCAGAGAGCUCUGGAGAAACCAGUCAUCCCUCUGAUCCCAAUCACCAACAGCAACCAGUACAGACACACAGAGAAUGACCGGGACUACAAGAUCAAGAUGGAUAAACCAGAGGUUGUGCGGCAGAAACGGAAGUAUGAGAAGAAGGCCAAGCCAUUGCCAUUGGCAGGCUCUGCCCAUUCAGGCCCGGCAGUCUUUAACACUAAAGACCUCAAUCAGUAUGACUUUCCCAGCUCAGACGAUGAGCCCUACUCACAGAUGUUCUCUGGCUCUUCAGAGGUUGAGGAGGAGAAUGAUCCAGAUGGUGUGUUUGGGUUCAGGAGGAGAACAGGCUGUCAGUAUCAUGAUGCACGUUCAGGACCUGUGGGCGGUUGGCCCUGGUCAGACUCCGCCGAGGGUGGGGUAGCAGAUGUGCGAUAUCGCUAUUCUCUCACCACGCUCACGGUGCCACGACGAUGCCUGGGGUUGGCACGUCGGCGAGUGGGCAGAGGGGGCAGGGUUUUGUUGGACCGAGCCUACUCUGAAUGGGAUACUGUGUAUCAUGGGCUGGACCCGGAUUCCCCCACAUUCCCAUCAUUGUCUCCCACCCAGCAGCCCAGCACGGAUACCUCACACACCAGCACAGAUACCUCUACCCCCUCCUCCACCUCACCAGACCUCACACAAAUCCUGCUCAAUAUCAAAGCCUGUCGCUGGAGGCAUUUCAAGCCUCGAACGGCACCGCCAGACGAUCCUGACAAUCCUGAGCACUGGUCUGCACGGAGACCCCGCCGCGGCUUCCUCAUCCGCCCUAUCAACACGCUUCAGAUGCAGAGAGGCCCCGCCUCCUCCGCCAAACCACGUGUCCGUCCACCCACACCCGCUUUCACCGCUGAGCAGUACCAGCAACACCAGGAGCAGCUGGCACUGAUGCAGAAGCAGCAGCUUGAACAGGUUCAGCUACAUCAGCAGGCUGGCAGCACAGCCAUCACUAACAACCCCCAGAGUUUGGUGUCAAAGACGAUAGACGCUGCCAGUGCUCAGUUUGCUGCCUCUGCACUAGUGACUCCUGACCAGCUGAUGGCGCUCAAGAGUAAAGAGGAGGGAGUUGGUGUCAAUGGAGUCGUCUCAGCCUCAGGCAUCUAUAAGGGCUUACAUCACACAAGCUCUGCAGUGUCGUCCAUCCUUCCGUCUGCCGGCCCUACCUCCACCUCAUCCCCCUCCCCCACUGCCGCCUCCACCACCACUAACAAUGGAACCUCCUCGGCCAAUCACCACGUCGGCACGGCCAGCCCCGCCCCUGGUCAUGCGCUGAUGGGUGGGGCCGUGAGAGUGAGCGUCCCCUCACCAGCAGGCACCUUGAGCAUGCGGCAGCUGCAGCGUCAGCUCACUGUUCCCGCCUCUGCCCUAAAACUCGCUGCCAAUGCCAACAGACCCAUCCCAAAGGUCACCGCAGGGUCGACUACCCUCGACAUGGGGCCCAGGGAAAACCACGAUCAAGAGAAACCUCCGUUAAACAGUCUAACAGACAACACAGUCGCCAUGGAGGUGACGUAGCCCCGCCCCCUCAAGCAUUCACACACCUCUCAAUCGAGGCGUCUCCUUUAGGUACUAUGCAUCAUAGUGACGCUGUUUCCGUGGCAGCCGUUGGGACUUAAUUGCAAUGCUCAUCUUUUUGGUUUUUGUCUUUUUCCAAAAUGUUGUUACUGUUAGAUAUCAACAUCUGUAAAUUAUGAAAUAUGGAAUAUAUUCUAUGUACAUACAUAUUUGUAAUACACCCCCUUGUAUAUAACAUUACUUGAAUACAGAAAUUGUUCAUUUGUGAUGUUUUGCACUUGGGAAAAAAAUC